AAGGUUGAAUUUACCGAUGUGGGAAGAGAUUUGUUCAGAUAACAAAGAUUCGAAAACUUUAGACAAGGCUGGUAGUAUGCUGAUGGGUCGGAAAUCACUAGGGCUGGAUGCGGAUUUAUUUUUGGCUACAGGAAGCACAGUAGCAAUUUUCCAGGCAUCGGGAAAACAGGACGUGGUGAGACUAUGGUUUAUUAUGUGUGUCAAGGUUGGCAAAAUAAUCGGUAAGAUUACCUUCACAAAUCUAAUCGGAAUGCCGUCCUCCCCGAUUGCGUUGGACCUGAUCUUAAAAACAGAUUUCACCACAUCAAUCUCGCUCACAGCAAUGAACUCAAACUUUUCGCCAGCAAAAGAGACCGGACAGGAGGCUACAGAGUUGGUCGUAAGGGGACAAGAUGAAGGCGGAGAAGCAAAGGCAACGCUAAGCGUUUCAGGACUCAACGAGCAUUCUGAUUUCUCACUGGCAUGGACGCGGAGUGUUCUCAGAUUUCGCCACAAUACAUUAUUAGGCAGUGAGGGAUCCAGCUUAUUCAUAAAGAAUUUUUUCUUUUCACGUCUUAUAACCGAGGACCACACCAUUAAACCAACGGCAGGAAGAAGACCUGUCACAGGUUCGGGUAGGGACAUGAGUGAGGAGCGAAUUUAAUAUAUUUUCGUUUAGGAAACGGAGCUUCUCAUUGACCGUGCUGAGACCCCAGCAAACAGACCAAUCGAUCUGCAAGAGGCUACUGAAAAGGUUGUUGACAUCUAAGGAACGGUAGUCAAAGAAGUUAAAUACAUAGCUAUUGUCGUCAUAGUGAUCAAGUUUAACGUCAAAAGAACAAAAUAUCAAGUCAUGAUCAGAUAUAAAAGAUGUUUGGUCAAAUUUCAAAACAAUAGAAGGAUCAGAUACAGCAAAGUAAUCUAAUAAGCUGGGACAGCAAUUGCUACCAUAUCUUGUGGGCACCGACAAAUUAACCAUAGACAACCCAACACAGGAGAUAUCAUCUAUUAAACGAGCACUGGUAGAAUCAGGACAUAACAGGUUCACAUUAAAAUCACCACAAAGAAUUAUAUGGUCAUAAUCUACAGAAACAGUGGACAGAAAAUUAAAAAAGUCACAUAGGCUGAAAUACUUAUAGGGAUUAUACACACAAGACAAUAGGAUUUUGGACGAGGGGCUAGACAUUUCGACAGACAGGUACUCCACGCAGCUUCUUUCUGAAUGUGACUGCGAAACCUGUUUGGUUUUUAGGUGCUUUUUGCAGUAAAUAGCAACUCCACCACCUUUUCUAUCUACCCUAUCAGAACGAAACAACUUAUAACCAUUAAUAUCAUAAUGGACACUGCUUACAUUGUACCUGAACCACGUCUCAGAUACACAUAUAACAUCGACUGGAGACAAUUCAAAAGUGUUCCUUACUAUAUCCAUUUUCUCAGAAUUAAGACUGCGCGCAUUAAAAUGAACAAUGUUCAAACCCGUUUGUUGACCGCACAUGAUGUUCACCAUUGCACGACUACAAUUGUCAAUGUUAGCCGUUUUGCUGCUGGGUACAACCAUGAUAUUUUACGCGUAUAAACAAAAGCAACUUUAAAGCAUAAGGGAUAACAAUAUUAAGAACAAACAAACAUAAACUGAGAUGUGCCAACUUUACAACAAUGAAUACAUAACAGAGGG